ACCAGGGACUCAGCUCCUGCUCACCUGUAUCGACUGAAAACGCAAUAAAACGAACGUAUUUCAGCUUCAGUAACUUUUACGCCAAUGUCGCGGCGUCUGCGGUGAAAAGCAACGACACAACUUUGUCCCGGAACACGGGAAUUUAACCAGGAAACACGCGCGUGCUGCUCGUCUGCGAGGCUGGAGGAAAAUUGAACCACAGGUUACUCAUGGAAACAAAGGGGAGCGAGGAAAAUGUCCAACUCGGUCAAAAAAGCCAAACAGGGAGAUAAGUCGCCACUGAAGUCCACGGGAACCCAGAGCAAGGCUUCUCAUGAUCUCAGGAGGCUUCAGUCCCUGCUCACCAAAACCAGCCCCAGACCAGAGGAGGCAGCGCUGAGUCACAGCAGAGCUCGCAGAUCACAAGGUCUGCAACAUCAGAGAGACGCCAUGAGACAACAGAGGGAGAGAGACAACAGCAGUGAAGCCUCUGAACUGGACAAAUUCAGCACGACAUACAGAGAGCAGAGAUGCUUCAGCAGUCACCCGCUGCAUAAACACUUCUCCGACAUCCUCGUGUCUUUGGUCAAGAACCGACUCUGCAGCGACUGGAUCUGCCAGGCUGCACCGGAAUCAGUCCUUAGGGUUCUCAUCUGCCUGAGAUUAUUGAUCAGAGAUCCUCAACAUCAGAAAAUCCUCCAUCAGCUGCAGGGCAUCACUUCACUCUCCAGGUACAUGGAGUCCGUCACCGCCGUGUAUUUGUCCUGCGGUGACCAGGCGUUCGCUGCACAGACACUGGUCACGCUCACCUACAUGUUCCAGAAGCUGUCGGCCGCCGAGGGUCAAAGGGCACGAGUCAUCGAGAGUGGCGCUCACAAGACUCUGGUGAAGCUUCUGUGCACAGAUGACAGCAGUGUUCUGCUGGGAGCUCUGCUCUCUCUCACCACUCUGGCCCAGAGCCCUGACUGUAAGGAGGAGAUCGGGGAGCCACCGAUCGUGGAGAGGCUACUUGUGAUCCUGCAGGAAUAUGACAUGCUGUCAAAGAGGAUAAGUGCGGAGUUGCUGAGGCUCCUGUCCCCGGUGCAGCAGGUGAGGGACCAGGUGAGGGAGCUGGAGGGCCUUCCUGUUCUGCUGAGCCUCCUGCACGGUCAGCACCUCAAGCUCCUGUGGAGCCUCACCUGGGUCCUGGUCCAGCUCUGUGAGGAUCCAGCCACCAGGACGGAGAUCCGGAGCUGGGGCGGGGUGCAGCAGCUGCUGCGGCUGCUCAACAGUGACAGACACUACGUCUGCGACCGUUCGUCGAUCGAGAUGCUCUCCAGCGCCAAUGCAGCCGGCCGCAUCCAGAGAGAGCACAUCAGAGACGAGCUCAGCCCACAGGAGGAAGUGGACAACGCCGAGGCCCUUCAGUCAGCCUGUUGUACAGCGUUGACUGAGCUCAGUCUGGAUGACACGUCCGCUCACCACAUUGUGCAGGAAAAUGGGAUCUUCAUUAUCGCAAAGUUGAUUUUACCAAAAAGCUGUGAAGCAAAGGCCACGUCUUUGCAGUGCUAUGCAUUCCGGACUCUUCGAUUUCUCUUCAGUGUGGAAAGAAACAGGCAUCUGUUUAAAAGGCUCUUUCCCACAGAUCUCUUUGAGAUGUUCAUCGACGUUGGCCAUUAUGUGCGGGACCUCACUGCCUACGAAGGACUGCAAACCAAAGUGUCACUCUACACUGAAGAGGAACUGGACAGUCUGAGAGAGAGCAUCGAGGCUGUAGACCAGAACCGACCUCCACUCAGAGUCAUCAACGGUUACUCUGUACUGGACCAUCUGGGCACCGGGGCUUUCGGAAGUGUCUUCAAGGUCAGAAAACAGAGUGGUCAGAACCUGCUGGCCCUGAAGGAGGUGAACCUGCACAACCCGGCCUUCGGCAAAGACAAGAAGUCCAGAGACAAUAAUGUGGAGAAGAUCAUCUCUGAGCUGACGAUCAUCAAAGAACAGAUGAAUCACCCAAACGUUGUUAAAUAUUACAAGACAUUUGUGGAAGGUGACAGGCUGUACGUUGUGAUGGAGCUGAUCGAGGGAGUUCCACUGGCCGAACACUUCAACUCUCUGAAGGAGAAACAGCAGCGACUCACUGAAGACAGAAUUUGGAACAUAUUCAUACAGAUGUGCCUGGCUCUGCGGUACCUGCACAAGGAGAAGAGAAUCGUCCACCGUGACCUCACACCCAACAACAUCAUGCUGGGGGAGAAGGACAAAGUCACCAUCACCGACUUCGGUCUGGCCAAGCAGAAGCAGGAGAGCAGCAAGCUGACGUCAGUGGUCGGCACCAUCCUUUACUCCUGUCCUGAGGUGGUGAAGAACGAGCCGUACGGAGAGAAGGCCGACGUGUGGGCUUUAGGCUGCGUCCUCUACCAGAUGGUCAUGUUACAGCCGCCGUUCUACAGCAGCAACAUGCUGUCACUGGCCAGCAAGAUCGUCGAGGCCGUUUAUGAACCGAUUGAAGGAGGAGUUUAUUCAGAGAGAGUGACUGAUAUGAUCAGAUGGUGUUUGAGUCCAGACGCAGACCAGAGGCCGGACGUCGUGGCCGUCAGCGCCAGGAUCUGUGACCUGAUGAUGAGGCAGAUGGACGGUCUCUGCAUUUCCCAGAAUGCACUGGAAAGGAGAGCCGAGAGAGACAGGAAACGGGCGCAGAAGUACUUCCUGGCGCGCGGGAGGAACUGCUGCGACUCGCACCUGUCGCAACAGGAAACGUCCUUCACCACAGAAGAAUAUCCGAUUCCACAAUCCUCCGCGGCGUGCAGAUUAAACCGUGGCGAGCAAAUCACCUGUGCAGAAGGCGCCUCGGACGAUGACCCCGAACCUCCUGAAACUAAGAACAACACCGCAGCCUGUGUAGGAAAAGACAGUGGACUGAAGUCCAGUCUCUGUGUUACACCUGAUCAAGUUCUAUCAAGUGGCGAUGACGCUGCAGCGCGGACGAAACAAAGACCAGCGUCAGCGGGGAUCUGCGUCUCGCAGAAGAAGCUGCGACAGAUUGACGAUCCGAGCCAGAGGCUCCUCGUGCAGCUGCACAAAGUCGUCUACAUCUCUCAGCUUCCACCAGCUCCACACCACAACGUCAAACGGCGGCUCAUCGAAAGGUUCAAAAAGUCCCUGUUCCAGUGCGGCAGCGACCCCUACAGCCUGAAGGUGGAGCUCAGCAAGCUGCUCCACUCGUCUCCAGAGCUGAUGGAAUUGGGCUCGACCAGUCCAGAGUGGUGGCCUCUGGUCCACCGCGUCCCAGGAGAGUCCGUCGCCGCUGAGAUCGCAGAUGACGGGAAUCUCAAAGAGGGAAUCACGUACCAGCAGAUGCAGGGAAUCAUAGAAGAGCAGCUGGAAGAGAACAGCUACUAUGAGGCGACAAACAGAAGAGUUGCAGAGCAGAGGAACGACCGUCGACCGUACACGUCCUCAUGAGUCACAGAAGCCUCUGCUAUGUUACUCUUUCAUUUCAUUCCAUCACUCUGAUGUAUUAUUAUUAAUGCUAUUAUUA